AUGGACGACAGGCUGUGCCUUUCUAUUUUCUCGGCUUUCCGUCAACGGCAAAUCAAAUCCUUUCAGCAUGCUAUUCAUGGGAGGGUUUUCCUUCGCAAAGGCGAUUCGCCGAGAUUUGCGGCGGAUCUUUUUACUGAGCUCUCUAUCCUUUGGAAAACGUCGUCUCCUUGGCAGGUUAUCCCUCUGGGCAAGGGAUAUUUCACUUUGAAGUUCUUGUCACCUGAGGAUUAUGCUUUGGCUUUCGCAAAAUCUGCUUGGCGUCUUCGUGUGGGAAUUCUUUUCCUUCAGGCAUGGACUCCCAACUUCAAUCCGAACAAGAUUGUUUCUUCUACUGCUCAGGUUUGGGUCCGUAUCUUUAACCUCCCGCAUAAGUUUUGGCAUCCUGAAGUUCUCUCUGGUAUAGCUAGGCAUGUUGGAACUCCUAUUCUAGUUGAUGGCAUGUCUGCUAGGGCUUCGGUUGGCUAUUUUGCUAGAGUGUUAGUUGAGAUGAAUGUGGCCUUGGAUAUCCCUCAGUUUCUUGAUGUUAAAUGUGAUGAUGAUAUUUAUGAAAUUGAGUUUGGUUAUGAGAAUUUGCCAUACUUCUGUUGUCUUUGUUCUGCGAUUGGCCAUGCCACUGAUGACUGUAAACUUUCUUCGGGCAAAGAGCUUGCUUCUCCGACUAAGCAAACAGAACAGGAUAAUAGUUUGCGGGGCAGGAAGCAUCGCAGUAGAUCUCGAAAAUGGAAGAAGACUAGGAACCGUUCUGUUACGAACCGACAGCGCGCGAAUGAGGGGCCUAGUUCUACUGGGCUGGAUAAUGAUGCGGAGUCUUCGCCCAGACGUGAAUAUGUUACUGCUGGAAAGAAUUCUAUGGAAAAAAGCAAUCGGUUUGAGGUGCUGGAGGGUAGGGAGUUAGAGAAUGGAGACAAUAUGGCAGCACGUAGAGAUGACUCGAUUUCGGGACCAGAUUCUGUACUUGAUUGGCCCAUUGAUGCUCAAGAUAGCAAGGAGGACACGGCUGUUAUGGAGGUUUCCAACAGCCCCGUGGUUGAGGAGAUCAUUGCAGACGAUCGAGAGGCCGUUAGUCCGGCAGCACGAUCGCAGAGGGAGGACAGAACCGGGUCGGAGGUCAUUGUUGUGGUUCCGUCCACGGACAUGGCAGAUGAUUCGGCAUCUCGGUUGGUCAUUGAGCCCACACAUUCUGCUCAGGAGGAGUUGGCUAGUCGUAUUAGCAGGUUAGAGGAGCAGGUUAGUCAGGGGAUGCAAAUGCUCGUUGACAAUCCUAAGCGUCGACCGAGUCGAUCUAAAAAGGGUAUGGAACGUCUGCAAACUCCACUGAAUCCGAUUGACAGUAUAAAAAGUCGGCUCAGGAAUGCAGAUGAUCCAAGCAUGCGGGUCAUGAAUAAGGGCGCUGUUCUUGACACUCCGUCGCCGGUGGAGUUCUUGAAUAAAGUGCACAAUGCUCAGUCUGGAGGAGCGCUUAUGCAAAAUUUUGUGGUUCAUUCUUCUCCUUCAGACGCAGCUCGAGCUAUGUCGGCUGUGGUUUCUAAAAGAUGGGGAGAUAUGCUGGAUGACGAAGAAUCUUUUAACGAGGAUGAUUUAAUGUUCUCUUAG